GUGCGCCAGUGUGGGUGUUCGUAGCGACGUCAGGACCGUUUGUGGCCUUUCCUAAAAUAUUUAUUCUGUCAUACAGACAUGUUGUAACAUGAAUUAAAUGUAUCACGAAUAGGCUAUUCAAUUUCAAAUUGAACCACAACAAACGGUGAGUUUUUAUGAAGCUUUUCAGAAAUCAGCCAGGACACCCAGCGAUCACUAGCCUAAACAGUUUUGAGACAAGUUCCAGCUAGACCAUCCCCAGGCUACCUCCGAGGGUCACCAUAUGAGCAACUAUGAACGCAACGUUUCUCAGCACGUUUUUUGUUUUUUGGAGCUUUCUCGCAGUCGACGGAAGUCGCAGUGCACUAAAUGACUACCAGCGCUCCGAGGGGAGGGAACUGGUGGCUAAACCCUGGAAUGUAGACAGGGUGCGUCUGAUCCCCGGCCUCACACUGGAGCAGUGUGCCCAGAGAUGUACAGAGGGAACAGACUGCAGGGCAUUCAACUAUGAGACCCGUCCGACUAUUGCCUGCAAACAGCUCCCCUGGGUUGGAGAUGGAGACAAUGCAGAGGUCAAAAGGAAUGUGAACUGUGACCUUUAUGAGAAGAAAGUGUAUGUGAGGAAGUGCAUUGUGGGAAAGGGAGAAGACUACCGUGGGAAAGUGUCUGUGACAAAAAAUGGACACAAGUGUCAGCAGUGGUGGUCAAAGUUUCCUCACGACCACAGAUGGACUCCCACAGCCACUAAUGGCCUGGAAUUGAAUUAUUGUCGGAACCCAGAUGGGGAUCCGAUCGGGCCCUGGUGUUACACCACUCACCAAGAGCACCGCUAUGAGAGCUGCAAUAUUCCCCACUGCAAAAACGAGGUAUGCAUCACGUGUAAUGGGGAAGACUAUCGGGGGCAGGUGGACCACACUAAGACUGGCCGGGAGUGUCAGAGAUGGGACCAGCAGCACCCUCACCAGCACAUCUACCAGCCUGAGAAGUACCCAGAGAAAAGCCUAGAUGAUAACUACUGCCGCAACCCUGAUGCGUCACCAGUGCCCUGGUGCUACACCACCGACCCUCUGGUUGAAAGGGAGGACUGUGAGAUCCGCAAAUGCGAGCCUCCUGAAGUUCCGAAGCGGCGCCUCCGCUCCAGUUACACCACCAACUGUUUCCGCGGCCGUGGGGAGGAUUACCGGGGGAAAGUGAACGAGACAACCUCAGGGAUCCCCUGCCAGCGCUGGGAGGCCCAGCGGCCUCACAUUCACCCCUUCUACCCACACAUUUACGAGUGCAAGGGUCUGGAGGAGAACUACUGUCGGAACCCAGAUGGAUCCGAAGCCCCCUGGUGCUUCACGUCGGUUUCAGAGAUGCGCACCGCACUGUGUCUGCAAAUCAAGCGCUGUGCUGACGACAUUGAGGCCGAAGAUUGCUAUCAUGACAGUGGAAAGAACUACAGGGGUACGGUCCACAAGACCCGCAAAGGCAUCAACUGCCAGAAGUGGAGUGGGCACACCCCACACAAAACCAAAAUCAACCCAAAGACAAACCCAGAUGCAAACCUGACAGAGAACUACUGCCGCAACCCAGAUGGGGACCUGCAUGGACCCUGGUGUUACACCACGGAUCCCAAAACAGAGUUUGAUUACUGCGCCAUCAAACGCUGUGAUGGAGUGGUUACUGAGCCCAGUAUCAGACCACCAGAGAAAGUUGAGUUCAGUGAGUGCGGGAAGCGAGAGAACCGACCUUCCCCAAAGCUGCGGAUCGUUGGAGGCUUACCAGGAAACUCUCCCUGGACCGUCAGCCUCAGAGACAGAAAAGGGAACCACUUCUGUGGGGGAUCUCUGGUAAAUUCCAAAUGGGUUAUCAGCACAAAGCAGUGCUUCUCCUCCUGCUAUGUGGAUCUUACUGGAUACUCUGCAGUGAUGGGAACUCUUUUCCGCGACCCCAAAGCAGGAGAGCCUGACAGGCAGGUCAUCUCCCUCACCAAGAUUGUCUGUGGACCCUCAGAGUCCCACCUGGUCAUGCUGCAGUUGGAGAAGCCAGCACAGUUUAAUGAGCGCGUCUCUCAGAUCUGCCUGCCCCCAGAGCGAUACAUCGUUGCAGAGGACACCACCUGUGAGAUCGCUGGAUGGGGGGAGACCAAAGGCACAGGGGAUGAGUCUGUGUUAAACGUUGCUCAAAUGGCUGUCCUUAGCAACAAAGAGUGCAACAAGUACUUCCGAGGUCGUGUAAAGGAGAAUGAGAUGUGCACCACGGCUUUCCAUGGACCUGUGGGUGCCUGUGAGCGGGAUUACGGAGGGCCCCUAGCCUGUGAGUACAGUGACUGCUGGGUGCUGGAGGGGGUCAUCAUCCCCAUGCGACGGUGUGGCCAUCCUGGACAACCCAACAUCUUUAUCCGCGUCUCUGCCUAUGUGGACUGGAUCAAGAAGGUCAUGGUCAUGGCUUAGUAGUCCAGAGCCACCUCUACACACCCUCACACACCCAAUGCUUUUUUGAUGAUGAUGGUCCAAAUUUAGGCAUAAGCACAAAUAUUCUGCUGUUAUUUUUAUCUGUGAACAUUACACUCUUUGUACACUUAA